AUGAGGCGAGACAAGGUCUUCGUCGGUGUGAUGGGUGUGACUGGUGCAGGCAAAAGCACCUUCAUCAAAGCUGCCACUGACGAUGAGAGCGUUGUCGUCGGCCACGAACUCACUUCGUGUACAACUUCCGUAUGCCCCUACACCUUUACGCUCGAAGGAAAAGAGGUUGUUCUUAUCGACACUCCGGGUUUCAACGACACCUUUAAGUCCGAAGCCGAAGUACUCAAGGAGAUAGCAUCUUUCCUCGGCAAGUAG